GAAAGCGGUUGUGUGCGAUAACGGCGCACUGCCAAUUUGUCUAACGGAACAAAACGCGAGCACAACAAACCUACAUAUAGCCGAGUAAAACGAAGAAACAACAAAAACUUAUAACUGUAUAUUCACAUUAAUGUUGUAAAUACUUGUGGAUUCGUGCGUUUACGAGGGAAAUGCCAAGAAAAUAAAAAUGAAAGUGAAAGUGAAAGAAUUAAUUAUACAAAUAUAAGUGGCGAAUUGCGAUAAAAGCGAUUAAUAUGCAAUAACGGUGUUAAUAAGCAGCAUUUUUUUUAAUAUUUUUAUGAGUGUAUGUAAGUAUUGGUGUGUAUUUGCUGCAGAAAUGAAAAAAUAAAAGUGCGGAAUAUUCACAGACACAACUGAAUAGUAACUCCGCAGGCAGCAGCAGCAGCAAUUUACAUACUCCAAAUAUUUCGCUCACUCUCCACCCCCAACAACAGAACACACCCACCUACACACCUUUCAUCGAACGAGACUCAGUGGAGUGGGAAGUGAUACAUAAAUAAAUAGCACAGAACCCCAAGCAGCAACGAGGCAAACAAUCAGCCACUUGGGUUAUGCCUCCCUGCCAUUGUGUGUGAGUGUACUUGUUUGCGUGUGUGUGUGUCGGCCUCACCACGCAGCAAAAGUUUGUCGAAGGACUAAAUUUGGCAUUUUAUGCGAAAGAAAUUAAUUUAAAUUAUGCAUUCGUGGGUAUGUGUGUGCUCCUAUGUAUUUAUCUCUGCCUGGUGAUAGUUUAAAAACUGCUGUGUGACUAAUGGUCAUGGGCAUGUGUGAGUAAAUGACAUCAACAAGUAAUAAAACAAAAAUUAUACGAUCGAAAACACAAAAACAACAAUCAAAAGAAGAUGCUGUAAAACAGCGAUGAAUGUGCAUUUAAUAGAAAAAUAUAUCAAAAAAGUGAUAUAUAUAUAUAUACAACAAAAGCGUGUCACAGCAAUCAUUUAACGGUAAAUAGUGUAGAAACAGUUGUCCGACAAAGACAACACACAUAUAUAAUAUAUAUACACAAAGUCAGUGUGAAAGGCCACCUGUGAGUCACAAUCAUAAUAAUAAUAACAACAAUAACAACGAUAUAUAAAUAUUUACAUAAAGAAAUUCGCCACCCAGAUGACAACACAGCCACCUAAAGCCACCGCAUUGUAUAAGUAAAAAUAUAUUUAACAAGCGUGAGUACCAACUAUUAUCGCAAUUAAAGUGCCCACCUUGGCAAUCCUUGCAACCCACCUACGCGUACACACCACAUCGUUUAGUAAUAUCGUCGCUUACGACGCCACAGCCUACACAUGGGUCGCCGCAAAGAUAAGCCGCGUCUCAUACCGGAGCAGGAUAAGCGCAUCUGUCGCGCCAUUUGCCUCUGCCAAUUGACAAUGGUGCUGUCCUGUGUGUCCAUCGUUUACCUGAGUGUCGCCAUCUAUUCGCCAUCACUUAAAGCAUUCAAAUCCGGUUUCGAACUGGACCCCGUUAUGUGCCAAACGGUUGAUCGUCAAAUGCCAAAUAACUGCCCGUGGGCCUCAUGCGGUGAAUGGUGUUUGACGCGUACGAGCGGAUUUUGUCCACAAAUACAUUCGGUGGUGCGGCGUAACGGUACCGAUAUACAACUCAAUAAUUGCACACGAAUCGCCAACACAUCCUGUGCCAUGAUCGACAUGAAUCGUUUGAACAAAUUCAACUGCAAUAACGGUACAGUUUGUAAUAAUAUACGUGGCGUCUUCAACUGCUCGAAUGGUCACUGCAAAAAUAUGUCGGAAUUCUUUUUGUGUCAUCACAAGCCGGAUGGGCCCACCAUCAACUCAGCAAAGGACAAUACGAAAUUGAAUGGCUUCUUCGAAUGUCACGGAGUGCAUUGUACGAAGAUCAAGAAACCAUUCACAUGCGAUCGUUACUGCACGAAGAUCACAACGACUUCGAUCAAUGUGCUGUUAAUGCAUGAAGACACUGUGAUCACCGCCGAUUGCGACACCGCUGUGGCCUUCAAUGAGGCACGCGGCAGCGAACAUGGUGUAAAAAUUGAACCCACCGAAAUCUGGAAGGAUGAAGAUGGUCAACUGCUGACCAAUUGCGCCACAGUGAAGCGCGAGGGCGACAAGAUAUUCGCAACGGAUUGCCUAAAUGGCACCAUCUUGGAACCGGGCACACUGCCACAACCAUUCAUGAAUUUCACACAAUUCUGGAGCAUAUAUGCGAACAGCACACAUUCCGUCGAUCCGGAACAGCGUUUCCUACCCAAUCAGGCCAAUCUGACAAUCUACACGUGGAAGAAAUUGUUCAUCAACUUGGAGGGCUGCGUGAAUACGUUGCGCGGCGAGUGCAAGGAUUUCGUGGCACGCUAUGGCAACGAUGGCGACAACAACACGGCGCAGUCACGCUAUCAGUGUUACUACAACAAGGAUCCAGCUGUGGAGUUUGUGGUGGCACGCUACGACUUGGACAAGGUCUAUCGUGAGCUGCUGGUCUCGCUAAUUGUCCCGAUUGUGCUGUUUGUGGUUUCAUCGAUUUCACUUUGCAUAAUAACAAAAUUGGUCAAGGUUGGCGACGAUGCCAAAAUGCGUUGCGUCUGCUCAGGCGAAGACUCCGACUUGGAGGAUAACUAUCGGGGCAAGCAACGCAAGCAGAGCACGCAAAUAUACGACACAGACGACGAUAUGGAUAUCAGGCGUAGAAAUAUCGAGGAUGAACCACCUAUCGACACACACGAGAUGAUCGGUAGCACAAAAUCACUGAUACCGUUAAGCCCCGCCACCGAAUCGGGCGCCAGUGAUCGCACAUACGACGAUGAGAAAGCUUCCAGAUGUGACGCACCCGAAAAGCCACUCGUUGAGCUUUAAACGAUACGACGACGUUUAAGCGGAAAUUCAAAUAUGCACAACUACACAUACAGAAAAUAAUCAUGCCGUCAUUUAUAAAACCGAAGAAAACACGAAAAUUUCAGCAGCGGAGGAGUAUGAUGACAUCAUUUGUAUUUAAUAUCGCUUCAUUAUUAACGAUCAUUUGAUUAUACGAAGACACCGUAAAAUACAAUGACUGCCUUAUACGAAAAAAGAAAUACAAAUACAACAACAAAAAGAGAGGAACAUGUUUAGCGAAGUAAAAAAAAAAUCAAACAAAAUUUAUUGUAGUACUCAUACAUAUAUAUACCAAUAUCUCGUGGUUAUAUAACUAUACAGGAAUAUGUAUUUAAUUUACUGUUAGGCAAAAAAAAUAUCUAACUAUUCAUUGAGAAAUGUUUCUGAAACAUAAAUCAUGGAAAAUGUUUCUAGUGCAAUGUCUGAACGCACCUUAAAAUAUGUGCGAGUAAACGGAGAUAAUGGUGCGGUUAGACAUGACAUUGAAAUUGUCUUCAUUAUUUCAAAAGAUAUAAAAAUUAUUGCUUUUACGAAAAAUAUGGUUAACAAUUCUAGUAUUCUCUGUCAAGUUUCAACAAAAAAUACUUUAAAGAGACUAAAUAUGACUACAUUGAUAUUGCGGGAAUAUACCUAUAAUUUGUGAUAGACCCAACAAAUAUAAAGCUUCUUAAAUAUAUAAAUUCUUUUUAUAAAAAGUCAAAAAUUUAGAAAUCUUGAUUUAGGCAAAUUGUAGAUUACUUCUAGUGUAUUAUGAUAGAUUUCAGUAAAAUUUAGUAAACAUUUUAAUACAGCUUUGUGGCUUUAAGCAUUGUCAACCGGUAUUCUUUCUGCGGUAGUGCUUCAUUCUUACUUGAAAGAAUAGAGAGCAUACAAAAAACAUCUUAUUGGCUUCAAAGUGUGUCGGUAAACUUCACUAAUUAAGUAUGCUUUUUGACACUUUAGUCUAUUUAUUAGAUGUUGCUGAUAUUAUACUCAUUUUAGUAUCAAAAAUUAAGACGAGAUUUUUAUAUUUUUAAAAGCAAAAAAAAAACAAUAAAACUAAAAUCAAGUCAAGAAAUCUUAAAAUAUAUCUAUAUACUUUAGGUAAAAUGCCAAUAUUUUAAAUUUUACAAAAACACUAACAACCAAAAUAAUAUAUUCAUAAUCACAAAAACACAUGUGAUCUUUUAUUUUGGACCUCUAUGACCCAAAAUAAAAUU